AUAAACACGGACAUAGGACUUGGUUUCAUCUUUUCACAUUUCAGACCACACGUAUACAUAAUUAUUUACUUAUUUUAGCGAAACUAUUAAGAUCUUGAGAAAUUUCGGAUAUUCCCAACUUAUGGGAUUUCUCACUCAACAAUGACUAAAUUAUGCCAGUUUCUUGUAUUGGGCUUUCUCAUUGGUCUCUGCUGUGGAAAUCCUCGUGGUCAUAGGGCUGCUUUAACGCCACGGAAAUUUCCAGCCCCUCGAGAUCAGCGAAGUGCAGGCAUACGUCCCCCUCAAUCUGGUAAUUGUGUUACUAACGUUCAGGACGGACGCUUCAAGGUGACAUGCGAUCCUCGUGCUGCCCCUUCAGUGCGUUCCGAACACAUCCUCUGGCUGUCCGGACCACAAGGAAGUCAACAAAUCUUGGACAUUGAAAUUCCAAACUAUAAAAUCAACGAAUUAAUCAAAGCCGGUUUCAAAACUUCUCCCGUGUCGAAUACACAAAUUAACGUUUUACUCAGAAAACCCGAACAAUUUGUCGACUCUCAAGUUCAACCUAUUACUUCACUCUCCGGAGCUCCUCAAGUUAAUCUCCAGUACGAACCGGUGCAGUCAACACUUGUGCAUUUCCCAGUGGAUAAGCCCUACAGUCCUUUGCAAGGACAACUGGUUCCUCCGCCUCCGAGAUAUAGCGCAUCCAACUUUGACAUUGUUUAAUUGCGGUAUGAUGACCAACCUCUUCUCUUCUAGUUUCAGGACUGUCCUCGUACUUUUUAUAUGUACUUUUUAUAUGUUGCAUGCAUACAAGCUAUUUAUCGAUUAUUUGUAACCAAUGCACUAGUAUAAAUACUUAAAAAAUGAACGAAAUACUUAAAUAAAUUAUACUGUGAAUAAGAUAA